AUGGUCUUCGAAAGCGUGGUGGUAGAUGUCCUAAACAGGUUUCUGGGGGACUACGUUGUGAACCUUGACACCUCACAACUCAAGCUCGGGAUUUGGGGAGGUGAUGCUGUGCUCAGAAAUCUUGAAAUAAAGGAAAAUGCCUUGAGUCAACUUGACAUUCCUUUUAAAGUAAGAGCCGGACAUAUAGGACGUUUGGAGCUGAAGAUUCCAUGGAAGAAUCUGUACACCCAGUCAGUGGAAGCUACACUGGAUGGAGUUUACCUGCUCAUCGUGCCCACAGCCAGUAUAAAGUAUGAUGCAGAGAAGGAGGAGAAACAGCUUCAGGAGGCUCGUCAGAGGGAGCUGCAGAGGAUCGAAGAGACCAAACAGAAAGCAGCGGAACAAGAAAACCCCGCACUUGAGAAACAAGACACCUUUGUGGAGAAACUGGUGACACAGGUGAUCAAGAACCUUCAGGUGAAGAUCUCCAACAUCCAUAUCCGCUAUGAGGAUGACGUCACCAAUCCCAAAUGCCCAUUAUCAUUUGGAAUGUCUCUACAGAACCUCAGCCUUCAGACAGCAGAUGAGAACUGGAAACCUUGUCUUCUGAAUGAGAAAGCCAAGCUGUUUUUCAAGCUUGUCCAGUUGGACAAUCUCUUUGCCUACUGGAACGUGAACUCAAUGCUGUACUCCAAUCACAUGCCAGACGAGGCCCUGCGAUGCCUCCAGAACAGCAUGGAUAUCUACAGUUCCACCCCCAUGAAACACGAUUUCAUUUUUCGUCCGAUAACAGCCAAUGCGAAGCUGAGCAUGAACCCCCGGUCAGACGUAAACUUCUCUUCACCCAAGAUAGACUUGGUAGUCAAUCUGAGAGAGGUGGCCGUGGAGCUGAACAGGCCACAGUAUAUCAGCAUUCUGGAGCUCCUGGGCUCGGUGGAUAUGAUGUCACGCAACCUGCCGUACAGGAAAUACCGGCCGCAAUUCCACGUGCACACCAACGCCUACAUAUGGUGGCAGUAUGUGAUUACGGGCAUCAUGGAGGUGGACGUGAAGCCACGGCUGCACAUGUGGUCGUGGCAGCGCAUCCACCGCCACCGGCAGACAGUCAAGCGUUACAGAGCGCUCUACAAGUCCAAGAUCACCAACAAGAAGCCCACUGAGAAGCUGCUCAGGGAAGUGGAGGAGACUGAGCGGACUCUGGAUAUUUUUAACAUCACGCUGGCCAGGCAGCAAGCUGAGAUGGAGGCGAGCAAGGCGGGUCUGCGUAUCUUUCGUCCGGGGGUGAAGGUGGAGGAGGAAUCUCAGGGCUGGUUGGGCUGGAUGUGGUCCGGCUGGUCAGGAGAUGACGGCGCCAAGUCCAAGGAGGUCAAAACUGGAGCUUUUGGUGAGCUUAUGACUCCUGCCGAGAAGGCCAAACUCUACAUCGCCAUUGGCUACAGUGAGGUAGCUGUCAAUCACAACCUGCCAAAGAACUUUGAGGAUAUUAAGAUACAUUUUCACAUGAAGAGGAUGUCUUUCUCAAUGAAAGACAACAAGGAUCAGAAUGAAAUCCUCAAGGUCACAGUUGAAGACCUGAAAUCCAUGCUGACCCAGAGGCCCGGAGCACAAGCCAUUAAGCUGUCGGCCCAGCUUAGUCUGUUUGAGGUGAAAGGACUGGCCAAUAAUCGGCCGGCGCCCACGCUGCUGUCGUCGAGGAAGGCUGCCACGGUAACAGGGACCCCCCUGCUUGACAUCCUGUUUGAGACCAACCCUCUGGAUGAGAGUGCUGACCAGCGGCUCCACGUCGAGUCCCAGCCUCUGGAGAUCAUCUAUGACGCUGUGACGGUGAACAGCAUGUCUGCGUUCUUCUUGCCGCCUGAUGACCUCCAGCUAGACGAGCUGACCAACGCCACUCUCAUGAAGCUGGAGCAGUUCCGAGACCGCACCUCCACAGGGCUGAUGUACGUGAUUGAGACCCAGAAGGUUCUGGAUCUGAACGUCAACCUCAUGGCCUCCUACGUGAUCGUGCCCCAAACCGGCUUCUACGACUCCACCCAGAACCUCAUGCUAUUGGACCUGGGUCACUUCAAGGUGUCUAGUCUGAGCAGAAAGGGGCUACCCCAGCUCUCUGUAGGGAGCAGGACUAUACAGGACAUCAUGUCCCAAGCCUACGACAGCUUCAACAUCAAGCUCAGCAGCUUACAGUUCCUCUACAGCAAACCAGACGGGGACUGGAGGAAAGCCCGUAAACUGAAGCAAUCGGCCCUCCACAUCCUGGAGCCUGUUGAUGUCAAGGUGGUGUUCAGCAGAGCCAUGGUGGUCACAGACUCACGCAUGCCCAAGUUUAAGCUCUUCGGGGAGAUGCCUCUCUUGUCUCUGAGGAUCUCUGAUGAUAAGGUGCGGGCCGUGCUGGAGCUGAUUAACAGCAUCCCGCUGCCAGAGAGCAGGCCGGCCCCGCGCAGCACCAACACACACUCUACACCUAAGGCUCCAAAGCAGUCGUACACCCCUCAGCUAACCCCCAGGCAACCAACCAUGGCUGAACUGCGCAACUCCCUCAUAUGGGAAUCAGAGGAGGACCUGUUCUACGAUGCUCCCAGCUCUCCUAUAGGCGACAGUGCGUUCUUCCCCGACAACAUGCCCAGCCCCCUGCAGCGCUCCGACUCGGUCAAGAGGAGAGGUCUGGUCAAGAAAGAUCCCAAGAAGAACAUGACAGAGUUCCUCAUGACGUUUGAGAUCAACAAGCUGUCUGUUCAGCUGUGUCGUCUGUCUAGAGGCCAGGAGGUCACAGUGUUACACCUGGAUGUCGAGCGUCUCGGCACCGAGCUAAAGAUUCGCUCCUUCGACAUGACAUCUAACACCUUUCUACGCGAGAUCUGCCUAGAGUGCUCAGAGUAUAUGGAUUCAGAGGAGAAGAAAGUGCACCUGAUCACCACUCUAGACAACACAGAGGAGGACCUCCUCACAUUGGAGUACACUAAGGCUGAUAAGAACGGGCCAGAAUUCAAGUCUCAGUACAAGAACACUGAACAAUCAGUAAAGGUGAACUUCUCGUCUCUGGAUGUACACCUGCACACGGAGGCUUUGCUCAACGCCAUGAACUUCCUGAACAGCCUCCUCCCCCCGACCAAGGAGGCGGUGCCUAGCAAGGAGGAGCUGCCCACAAUCCCAGAGGAGGACGAGGGAGAGGAGGACGAGGGAGAGGAGGACGAGGGAGAGGGGGAGGAGGGAGAGGGGGAGGAGGGCGAGAAGGAGGAAUCGGCCUUUGAGGAUGUGGUGAAUUUGCACAUCAGAGCUGAUCUCAACUGUCUGAAGGUUUUCAUCCGAGGCCAGAGCCACAUGAUAGCAGAGAUCCGCAUUGAGGGCCUGGUGUCGGAGGUGCUGAUGAGGAGAAAGGCGGUGGAGGUUCUGGCCAAACUGAAGAACAUAGUCAUCCUGGACUGUGAUAAGGAGGCACUGUACAAGCAGUGUGUGUCCAUAGCUGAUAAGGAGGUGUUUGCUUUCCGUAUGGUGAACCACACGGACGCCACUAAGGGCGAUGCCUAUCUAGACAUGGGUAAAGUGGACACCAGCAUCACCCUGACGGUGGGCUGCAUCCAGGUCAUCUUCCUCAACAAGUUUGUCUCCUCUAUCCUGGCCUUCAUCAACAAUUUCCAGGCGGCCAAGGAGGCCCUGGCUGAGGUGACGGUGCAUGCAGCGGAAAAGGCAGCCACGGGGGUGAUGGAGCUGGCUGAGCGCAGCACGCGCAUCUCUCUGGAUGUAGACUUCAAAGCUCCUCUUGUCUUCCUGCCGCAGUCGUCCUCCUCCACCAACGUCACUGUGGCUGACCUCGGUAUGGUCACGGUCAAGAACUGCUUUGCCUUGGUCGACUCCCAGACGCAUGUCAAGAUCCCUCCCAUCAUCGACACCAUGACCGUGGGCCUCAGUGACCUGAAGAUGUACAGAACCACCUUUGAGAAGGGGAGAUUUCAGGGGGAGAUCCAGGUUCUGAAGCCGGUCAACCUGGACCUGUCCAUCCAGAGGAACCUGUCAGCCUCCUGGUACCACAGCAUCCCUGACAUAAAGAUCACUGCCCACCUCAAACCUAUGAAUCUGAUCCUGAGUCAGGAUGACAUGACGGUGGUGUUGAGGACUCUGGGUGAGAACAUGUCAGAGACGUCAGACGCUGCUUCCCCUCGUCCUCCUCCGUCUACAGUGGACCGCUCCGACACUGCCACUACCAAAGGCUCGCAGGGCACAGGAGGCAACAUAGUGGUAACUGCUGCAGUGGUCGAGACCCAGAAGAGCACUAAGCUGAAGAACACACUCAAAGUAGACUUCAAGUUUGACUCCAUGACUCUGGUUCUGUACAGCCCCAAUGGGACUGAGGUGCAGGUGUUGGACUCCAGGGAUGAUCAGCUGAUGCUGGCUGAGUUCACCUUGGGAACUAUCUCUACAUCUGUCCACAUGUUCUCAGACGGAUCCAUGAAGGCCUCCGUCAAACUCACAGACUGCCUGCUAGACGACAAGAGACGCAGAGUCAAGAAUAUCACUGCCAGGAUGAUGGCGAUUCGUCCGAGCGCUGAGAGAAACGUGAUGGUGGAAGUGAACUACAAUCAGGGGCGUGAAGGCACCUCUCUGGAGACGGUGGUGCAGGAUGUCUACCUCUGUGCCAGCAUGGAGUUCCUGCUCACCGUGGCCGACAUCUUCCUCAAGGCCAGCCAACAGGGUUUCUCCUCGCCUAAUGAACACACCCCUGCUUUCCUCUCUGUCUGUACUCCAGCUCCAGUGGCAGUCAAGUUGGAGAUGAACGUUCUGGUGAAGAACCCAGAGAUUGUCUUUGUGGCUGACCUGACGCGUGCCGACGCCCCAGCCCUGGUCAUGACCAUGGAGUGCGAGCUGGUGAUGAAGAGCAACCCGGAUGGUCAGCUGAUGACGGCAGUGGUCAAGGACCUGAAGGUGGUGGCCUGCCCCUUCCUGAGGGAGAAGAGGAGGAACAAGGAGACCACUGUGCUGCAGCCCUGCCAGGUGUUCUUCAAGAGCACACAGUCCUCCACCUCCCCGCAGGCCAUGGAGGUCUCCAUCAAGGCACUGACACUGAAGGUGUCGCCCAUCAUCAUCAACACAGUGAUCACCAUCCAGUCGGUGCUGAGCCCGGCCGGUGCAGACAUGCCCCAGUCGGAGCUGGAGAGCCCUGUGCCCCCAGACCUGUGGGAGCGCCGGUCCUGGCGGGAUCUCAAGCUGUGGUUCCUGGAGGAGGAGGGUAAAGACGAGGAUGCCCAGUCCCUGGUCCGGCUGAUUCCCCAGGGUGAGUCCCUGCAGGUGGCCAUUUCCUCCAUCUGCCUGACCCUGGAGGCUGGGGUGGGCCACCGGACCGUCCCCAUGCUGCUGGCCAAGUCCUCCUUCCAUGGGGACGUCAAGAACUGGAGCACCCUCAUCAACCUGCACAGCCAGCUCAACCUCGAGGUUCACUACUUCAACGAGGUGAUGGGGGUGUGGGAGCCUCUGCUGGAGCCCCUAGAGGACGAGAUCAGAGACGGCUUCAGAUCCUGGACUCUGGGAUUAAAGAUGAAGAAGAAGCCAGUAAAGUACUCCGGUAUAUCAGAUGAAGUGGACUACAGCAUCCCAGACUACAAGACUAUCAUCAGCAUCAGCAGCAAGGACCAGCUCAACAUCACCCUCUCCAAGUGUGGACUGGGCAUGCUCAGUAACCUGGGCACGGCCUUUGCUGAGGCGGCCAAGCAGACAUCAGAGAGUUUCCAGGAGGACGAGGCGCCGUUCGUGGUGAAGAACCGUCUGGGUCUGACUGUGUCAGUGGUGUACAGUGAGAUGUUCUGCCCCCUGGGCCGUGAGGCCACAGAGAACCGUGUAGAGCUGCAGAACGGAGACAGUGUCAACAUGGACUACCGUCGCACCACCACCCACUCAGACCAGUUCUCUGCCAUGACCUCGCUGGUGGCCAAGGACUACUACAUACAGCCCACCCCGGCGGGCCACACUUCAGCCAGCGUGAUUCCGUUGAUCAAAGUGGGGCGUGGCAUGUACAGUGUCAUGCACAAAGUCUCUGGGGUCACCCGCUUCCUGGUCUGUCAGAUCUACUCUGUGCAGGGAAGCAAGCACAUCAAGAUCCGCUCUCCCUUCCAGAUCAUAAACCACUUUUCCAUCCCGUUCAGAGUGAUGGAGGGCUCCACGUGUCUGGGGAUGUCAUUACCUACAGAGGAGUUCUGCGUGCCUCUCGACUCCUACAGUGGGUUAACUGCCUUCCUGCAGCCGGUAACCGAAGGAGACAAUCAAUACGAUUCUUCCGAGGGCUUCAGCUACGAGUCAGUGAGCCAGCAGCCUGGCGUACGUGUACAGCAGACCUGUCAUCGACAUGGCAACAGCGCCAGCGUGUUAAUGGUCAACAUCGUACCUCUGAAAGACACAGUGACAUCACAACACAUGGGAGUGGCCGGGGAGCACUUUGAUGAGCCCUACAUCCUGCACCUGUGGCCCUCCGUCCUGCUCCGGAACCUUCUGCCUUACCCCAUCACCUAUCGCCUACAGGACAGUGAAGAGCCCGCCCUCAUCACACUGAUGGACGGCCACUCAGCAGAGCUUCACACCGCCGUCAUGGACCUGUCAAGCCUGGAACUCCGCCUCCUCAACUACCUGGGGCAGGAUUGGAAGGCCCACUAUGGUCUCCGUGGCGACCAGGACGAGAUCACCUUCAUUGUGUUCCACUCCCUGCGUGAUGAAGAGGAGGAGGUUAGGUUAGGGGAGGGUGGAGAAAGGAAGCGGGCAGAGCUGGACAUUGCGGUGCAUGUGAAGUACGAUGCGGGCCUGACUGAGGUGGCCAUCCAUUCUCCCUACUGGAUGGUGAACAAGACGGGUCGCCUGCUGCAAUACAAGGCCGACGACAUCCACCGCAAACACGCCAUGGACUAUGACAUGCCCCUGCUCUUCUCCUUCAAGCCACGCAACUUUCUGCACAACAACAAGGUGCGGCUGAUGAUCUCGGACAGCGAGCUGUCUGAUGAUUUCUCCCUGGAUACCGUGGGUAGCUAUGGUGAAGUGAAGUGCAAGGGGAGGCUCAAAGAUUACCUGAUCGGGGUGAAGAUCGACCCCAGCAGUUUCAGCCUGACCCGUAUCGUGAGCUUUGUGCCGUACUACCUGUUGGUGAACAGGACCAAGCAUGUGAUCUGGGUGGGAGAGGAGGGCCAGGACCACUGGACCAAGGCCAGACCACACCAGGCAGCCAUCCCAUUCUGGCCCGAGAAGGACUCCAAGAAGCUCAAAAUCAAGGUAGAAGGCUGUCAGUCAACCCCUCAAACCAUGGACUUCACCAAACCAGAAAACUGCCUGUUGCUGCACCUCGACAACACUCUGGGCGGAGUCAUUGUGGACGUGAACCUAUCAGACCACUCGAUCAUUAUCCGUUUUUCGGACUACCACGAUGGAGCCGCCCCCUUCCUCAUCAUCAAUCACACCCAGGAGCAGACGCUGGAGUUCUACCAGAGCAGUCAGAAGGAGAAGGACAAGCUGAGCCCAGGGAAGGCUGUGUACUAUACCUGGGCUGAGCCCACCGGGUCACGCUCCCUGGCCUGGCAGUGUGGCAGCUACAGUGGCGAGCUGAAGAGUGAAGAGGACCUGCGGUUGGACGUGAAUGAGGAGGGUAAGCUGUACCUCAUCUCAUUCUACGAGGGCCUCCAGCGGGUGGCACUGUUCACCGAGGACAGGCGGAUCUACAAGCUGCUGUGUGAGAGUGAGAAGGCCGAGCUGGCUGAACAGGAGAUCAUCCUCUCCCUGCAAGACGUUGGUGUCUCCCUGGUCAACAACAGCAGCCACCAGGAGGUGUCCUUCAUUGGCAUUACCAGUUCAGAUGUGGUGUGGGAGUUCAAGCCAAAGAAGAAGUCUCGCUGGAAACCCCUGAGUUUUAAAUAUGCAGCGCUGCUGGAGACCCACUUCAGAGAGUACACCGAGAGUGGAUCAGUGGACAACGCCAUCUUAGACCUGGAGAGCAACUUCCAGGUGUCUCUGACGCCAAAUAGGCAAGACAUGAGGAUGAUGAAGCCAUAUGAUGCUCCAAUCAGGAGGAACUUCCUUCCGGGGGUGAAGGUGGAGUACAGCGUAUCGGCCCGCCAGAGUGCCUACCGUGUCCAGAUCAACCGCAUACAGAUCCAGAAUCAGCUGCCUGGAGCAAUCUUUCCCUAUGUCUUCUACCCAAUAAAACUACCAAAGUCUGUCACCAUGGACUCAGAGCCCAAACCUCUGACCGACAUCAGCAUUGUUACCAGGGCAGCCGGACACUCAGAUAUCUCCCGCAUCAAGUAUUUCAUGGUGCUGAUCCAGGAGAUGGACUUGAAGUUGGACCUGGGUUUCCUCUACGCCAUCUUGGAUCUGUUCACCCCGGAGAACGCCAGCGUGAUGACAUCAGAGCAGAUGGUGGAGUUGUUUGAGAAGGACAUUGAGUAUCUGAAGACUGAGCUGAACAACAUCUCAGCCGCUGACACGUCCCCUAUCAGUCUCUAUGAGUACUUCCACAUCUCUCCCAUCAAGUUGCACCUGAGUUUGUCUUUGAGUUCUGGAGGAGAGGAUGGUAAUAAGGAGAAGAGGGAGACCGAGGUCAUUCCUGUCCAAUCCCUCAAUCUGCUGCUGAAGAGCAUCGGAGCAACCCUCACUGAUGUGCAGGACGUCGUCUUCAAAUUGGCCUAUUUCGAGCUGACAUUCCAGUUUCGCACUCGCCAGCAACUACAAUGGGAGGUCAUCAGACACUACUCGAAACAGGCGAUAAAGCAGAUGUAUGUGCUGGUAUUGGGCUUGGACGUGCUGGGAAACCCCUUUGGACUGAUCCGAGGUCUGUCUGCGGGAGUGGAGGCUUUCUUCUAUGAGCCCUAUCAGGGAGCUAUCCAGGGACCAGAGGAGUUUGUGGAGGGUAUGGCGCUGGGGGUGAAGGCACUGGUUGGAGGAGCAGUGGGGGGCAUUGCGGGCGCUGCCUCCAGGAUAACAGGCGCCAUGGCGAAGGGUGUGGCUGCCAUGACGAUGGAUGAGGAAUACCAGCAGAAGAGACGAGAGGCUAUGAACAAGCAGCCCAGCGGCCUGAGAGAGGGCCUGACUCGUGGAGGCAAAGGACUGGUCUCUGGCUUCGUCAGUGGGAUCACAGGGAUCGUCACCAUGCCCAUUAGAGGUGCUCAGAAGGAGGGUGCGGCAGGCUUCUUUAAGGGUGUCGGGAAGGGGCUGGUGGGGGCUGUGGCCAGACCCACAGGAGGUAUCAUCGACAUGGCCAGCAGCACUUUCCAGGGCAUCAAGAGGGCGGCUGAGACGUCCCAGGAUGUGGAGAGUCUGCGUCCGCCUCGCUUCAUUCACGAGGACGGGGUCAUCCGACCAUAUAAGGAGAGAGAAGGCGUUGGCAGCCAGAUGCUACAGAAAAUUGAGAAUGGACAGUUCGCCAAGUACAGAUACUUUGCUCACGCCAAAGUAAACGAGUCAGAUUUCUUGAUGAUCACCAAAAGUGGAAUCUUUUUCGUGACCAAAGGCACAUUUGGGCAGCUUACCUGUGAGUGGCAGUAUCUAUUUGACGAGUUCACCAAGAAGCCCAUGAUCGUGGAGGGGAGGAGGCUUCGGAUAGAGGCAAAGGAGAGAGUAAAGUCUGUGUUUCAUGCCAAAGAGUUUGGGAAGAUUAUAAACUUCAAAAGUCCAGAAAUAGCCGAGUGGGUUCUUACCAAGCUGGAGGACGCCAGGGAGAGUCUACACAAAUACUGACUGGUCACUCCAAUAGAGCCACCAACCAGCACUGAGACAAGGCAAAAGUACAACGUUGACUGAUAGUGUGUGUGUGUGUGUGUGUGCGCAAGGGUAGGGUGUGCCUCCGUCAGUAUACUACCUACUUACUCUCAGGUUAGACUUGCUCUUUCAUACACACAGACACACACACACACACACAAACACGGACUGUCUGGACAUCUUGCAGACACACAGGCUGCACUAGCUAACACUAUCACUGCUCCGGUUGUACACAGCCAUGUGGCAGAAAUUUCUCCUUGCACUUCCUUAAGCCAGCUUGGUCUGCCAGCGGUUGUAGAAGAGGCUGCGGUGGGAGUAUUCGAAGGCAGUAAACUACUCGCGGAUGUUCUCUGUGUCGUUGGCACAGGUGAAGUGGGAGUAAACAGUCUCUCUGUCUAGGUUCUGCUCCUGGUACAUAUUCAGGAUGAACUCCCUGGUUGCUUUAGGGUCAUUAUGUGUGUGUUUCUCUAUCAGAAGGCAAGUCAUGUCAGGUUGCAGUCUGUGUGUCUGUAAAACAAUGUGUUUGUAUGUGUGUCAAUGUCACUGCUAAGAUUGUACACAAUUAUGUGCCAGAAAUGUCUCCCUUUCCUAAAUAUACAUGUUUGUUUUUUAUAUUUUCUUUGAAGAAGUAGGGUGCCUGAUGGACUUUCCUAAUGGAGCUCUGUCAUCACAUUACAAUUAGUUUGACAGUUACUGAAUGACGUGCUUGUAAAGAUAUUGUGGCCAAAUUUAAGUAUCAUUGUGGGACUCAGAGCACUGCUUUUAACUGCCUUGAUGUGUAUAUGUUAAACAAUUAUUUUACUGUUGAUAUAGGAAAGGGGAAAGCAUUUUAAACUCUGAACUUUUUGUAAAAUCAGCUUGUUAGCGGAGUCCAGUCCAAGAUGCUAAUGAUUCUGUUCCAAGACUCACCCUAUUCCAUUCCACCUCUUCCUAAAUCACUAACUGUUGUUUUUCUACACAAUUCUGCAUGCACAGUCAAUCUGCUCUACAUUAAUUUCAGUGGAGUGUGUGGGUGUGUAUACUGAGUGUACAAAACAUUAAGAACACCUGCUCUUUCCAUGACAUAGACUGACCAGGUGAAAUGUA